AUGCAGCAACGAGGGGAUCGAACCCCAGAGCCGGGAACUCCACCUCGCCCGCCUUAUUCCCCGGUGACACCCGUGUUUGCUCAUCUCGCCCCAGUCCCUUCCAAUGAGCCAUCAAUCGUACCGCCACCUGCAUCCCCCUCUCCAACAUCGCACCUCCCUUCACAGACAUAUGGCCACUAUUCACACCCUACGCCUCCGCCUAAUCCACCCGUUUUUCAGCCCCGACCGCCUCCUGUCCCUAUCUCCGAGAGCGAGAAUCCAGAUGCCAUCGCGCUGCGUUCCGCCAUCUCAAUCCUGCAAAUGCAGAAACAGCAAAGCUUGCGCGAUAUCCAAGCAUUAGAUCGCAUGAAACAGGCCGCUGCCGCUGAUCCAGAGGGGUUUGCACACGAGCUGGCAGCAGGUCGGUUGAAAAGCGAGGAUCAUGGAGCUGUGAUCCAGUUCUCCGAGGACGAUGCGGGGGACGAUGAAGAUAGUGAAAAUGAUUCAAAGCGCACGAAUGCAGAUGGCUCGCCCGCUUCGAAUUUCGGCAAUAUCCCUGUUCCGCAGAAUAUUGUCCGUAUGCCCCCGAUCAACUGGGCCAAAUAUCAGGUUGUCGGAGAACCGCUUGAUCGCAUGCACGAAGAGCAAUUACGUCGACCGAGCUCUGGGGAACCAGGACGAGGGCGCGCGCCGGAACAUGUCUUGGCGUCGCCGUAUCGGCCGCUGGUAGAUCAGUUAGAAGGACCGCUGAGGCUCGGCCGUCCUAGCAAGACGAAAAAGACCUGA